AUGAGCGACCUCGAUAAAGCUAUCGCGCAAUUGCGUGCCUGCCGCCCAAUCCCCGAGGCGCAAGUCCGCGAGCUGUGCCACAAGGCACGCGAGCUUCUCAUUGAAGAAGGCAAUGUCGUCACAGUCACGGCGCCCGUAACGAUAUGCGGUGACAUUCACGGCCAAUUCCAUGACUUGAUGGAGCUCUUCCGCGUCGGCGGCGACGUACCGGAUACCAACUACCUUUUCAUGGGUGACUUUGUAGACCGCGGCUUCUACUCCCUCGAAUCUUUUCUCCUGCUUCUGUGCUUAAAGGUUCGCUACCCCGACCGGAUGACCCUUAUUCGAGGCAACCACGAGUCCCGCCAGAUCACAACCGUAUACGGCUUCUACGACGAAUGCUUACGCAAGUACGGCUCCGCAAAUGUAUGGCGGUAUUGCUGUGACGUAUUCGACUACCUCGCGCUUGGCGCCAUCGUUCUCGGCGCAUCACAUACCUUUAAUUCUACCCCGGGCCAAGAGCCCGUCGGCGACGACAUCGAGAUUCAAGUCUGCGAUCAGAGUGGCUCGACCAUGAGUCGAUUCCCCCGCCAACGAAGGCCGCAGAGACAGCCGACUCCCAGCAGCCCCAAUGGUGCACCUUCAUCGUCCGGCGGCGACAAGACUGGCCCUCCAGGUUCUGGCGCAUCGGGAAGUUCGUCGGGGUCACUCGGCAACCCUGCAGGAGCUAUUCUUUGCGUCCACGGAGGUCUCUCCCCUCUCAUUGACAGUGUCGAUAAGAUCAGGCUUCUGGACCGGAAGCAAGAAGUACCCCACGAGGGUGCCAUGUGUGACCUGUUGUGGUCAGACCCAGACGAUAUCGAUGGCUGGGGUCUAUCACCUCGUGGUGCAGGAUUCUUAUUUGGAGCGGACAUUGUCCGAGACUUCAACCAUAAGAACGAUCUUUCGCUCAUUGCCCGCGCCCAUCAGCUGGUCAUGGAAGGCUUCAAGGAGAUGUUCGACGCCAGUAUCGUCACCGUGUGGUCGGCACCAAAUUACUGUUACCGGUGCGGUAACGUCGCUGCCAUCCUCGAGCUUGCGGAAGAUGACUCUGGCACCGGUGUGUUCGCUCGCAGUAAUGGCGAUGUAGGCCGCAGCGAUGGUGGUAUCAAAGGCACCGACGACUAUGUGUUGCUACCCGGGCCAGCCAGAAGAUACCGCGUUUUUCAGGCCGCGCCGCAGGAUUCUAGAGGAAUGCCGGCCAAGAAGCCGGUGGCCGAUUACUUUUUGUAG